AUGGAUGAUGCUAUGGACUUUGAUGGAACGUGGGAGCGUGGUUCUGCGAGGAAUCGCCAGGCUAUGGGACAGUUUACGGAGAAUGGUUUGGUCAAUUUGGAAGGUACUGCUUUGUACCUGCACAAGGCUUACGGAGAAAAGGCGAACAUACUGGUGUGGCUUGGCGUAAUCUUCGGAGGCAUUCUGUUCUAG